AUGGCAGAAUGUAUGCAAGAAACUGAGAGCAAUGUGGAGGAUAAAAUAGACGACUCGACAGAGUUCACACCGAUACCUUCAGAGUCUGAGUUUUCCGCCGUAAUUUUUAACAGUGUUCCGGAGUGCUACCCUCCUGACAGAGAGAUAGAAUGUCGCUACACUAUUAAGAGUUCUGUCAAACCCCACUCUCGGGACUGGAUUGGGCUUUUCAAAGUUGGUUGGCAGUCCUCGCGGGAAUAUUACACUUACGAAUGGUCGCCAAUGCUCGAGAUUCAAAUUGGCGAGCAGGGUAAAGCGAUUCAUAACAGAGUCUUAUUCCGUGAAAGGUAUUUGCCUAGGGCAGAUGACGAGUUUUAUCAGUUCUGUUAUGUUACUAAUGCUGGCGAUGUGAGAGGAGCUAGCGUUCCUUUCCAGAUUAAAACCAAACCAGUGGAGCAGGAAGAUUUGGAAUGUUGCGAAAUUGAAGAUGACGAUGGAUCGUCAAUAAUGCUCGUUAAAAACAAAACAGCGAUGCUCGAAGAGUCACUUGCCCGAACGCUGGAAGAGAAUACUGUUUUGAAAGCAUCGAAAGAAACGAUGGAAGUCGAUCUGUCUAAUGCUAAUGAGAAGAUUAUGGAACUCGAGUCUCAAAAGGUUGAAUUAACAACUGCGGUAAAAGUUGGAAAGAAGAGAUUGGCCCAGCUAGAGUCAGUUGUAGCACAGAAAAACCAGUUGUUGGAAGCAGAACAAAGCAGACGUAAAGAGGUCGAAAGUACAGUGGAUAAUUUGAAGACUCUGCAAGAAAAUUCAGAUAGACGCAUCGAUGAAUUGAUGAUGUUAAUGGAGCAGCAACGUGCACAGACCUCUGAAGUUGAGAAAAACAAAGAGAAGUUAGUUGUUGAGCGAAAGCAGUAUUUGGACACCAUGACCGCUGAUAGACAGAUGAUUGACAAGCAGCAGAAUGAGAUAAAAGCUAAGGAAGAGGAGCUCAACUUGCUGAAAAAUCGAUUUAUAGAGUUCAGAACCAAAGCUAGGGCUGAAUCUGAUGAUUUUGCCGAAAAACUGGAAAAGUUAACUACUGCAAAUGGGAAAUUACAAGAACAGCUUGCUCAAAGCAUAGCAGAAAAUAACAUCCUCAAAAGAAACUUGGAGGAAGAGUCAGAGCGACUUACUAAGAAGGUCAGAGAAGCUCAUUUGGAGCUCAGGAACAAAGAUCAAGAAGUUCAGAAAUUGCAACAAGAAAUUUCUAACUAUGACUGCAUUGUUACAGACUUGGAGAAUUCCAAAGAUGAAAUUUUAAAGGAUGCAUCGCGCGAGGCAGAGUUAUAUGGCAAGAAAAUUGAAAAACUCCUAGAUGAAGGUAAAGAGAAACAAGAGCUGGCAUAUCAGCUAGAGCAGGAGCUGGAAGAUGUCAAAAGUCAGCUGAACCAGGAGAGGGGAAAGACAACUGCUCUGGAAGAAGAUUACGAGUCAGUAAUCAGAGCACUGCAGGACCAACUGGAUGCAGAGAAAGCUUUGAACCAAUCUUUGUGUUCACAGUCAGAUCGUAACUUGGCUAGUCUUCAAGGUCAAGUACAGAAACAGCUAGAAACAAACAUGGAAAUGGCUAGUCAGUUGGAUGCAAGAAAGGCUGAAAUAAGGGCACUUUGUGAUGAGUUGGAUGCGUGCAAGAGGCAGCUCUCUAAGUCACAAGGUGAAGCACAAAGCAUUCUUGCUCGGUUCACUACCGCCGAUGCUGAAGUCAAAUCUCUGAUAGUGGAGAAAGAGAAUCUCCAGACAGCACUUACCGACACACAAGGAGCCAGUGCGCGGUCAUCAAAGAAUUCAAAAGCUUCCAUGUAUGCCCUUCAGACAGCCCAUACCCAUCUGGAAAAGAGUUACCUUAAAGUGAAGAAGGAACGGGAUGAGUUAUGGGAAAAGAGAAAUGAACUAAAGAGGACCAUUUCAGCAUUACAAGGUGACCUCUCAUCUGACGACCUCCGUCUCCAGAUUGAGGAACUGAGAGCAAACAACGAGGACUUGCGUGUGCGCCUCACCAUGGGAGCUGAGGCUUACAAGGUCAAAUUCAUUGAAUGCCGUCAGCUGGAAGCCAAGUUGAGCAAGCUGAAGAGAACCUCCUCUGUGGAGUCAUUGGAAUCAAGCUCGGUGCUGGAGAUGCAGUCUGUAGUCACUAAGCUGCGGAAGGCCUUGGACGAUGAAAAAAGAGCCCUGAGUGUGGAGAAAAGUAUGGUGUCCCAGAAACAUGAUGAGAUAAAUCAGGUAUCAUUUCAACAAAGCUAAAAUAUUUUGUUUAUUUUAUAAAACCCUAUAGAGGAGUCAGCUGAUUUUUUACAAACUAUGCAGUUGUCUAGGGUUCUCAGAAUGAUAGUUUUUAAGGAAAUCUCUCAAGUGGUAGUCCAAAAACUGAUUACAAGAAUUUCUGUGUUAAUAUUGACUUAACCAUUGUCAGGAAUUUGACAGCUUUGGGUUGAUGUUUUAAAAUAGGAAAGUGAUGUCAAUAGUUGUAGGAGUUGGCUCAUCAAGAAAAUAUCACCCUUCAUGCUGACUGUCUUAGAAAUGAUAAAGUAUUGAGCUUGCAUUAUUUUCAUUGACAUAAAUAAUGUAUAUUGGGUAAGCGAAUUUCUAUUUAGAUUAUUUUCAAUCUGUGCUGACCCAAUAUAAAGUAGUCUCUAAAUUGCUUCUUUUUGAUUCUUUCCCUGUAUUAAACGUUGUUUGCUUUAAAAUUAUUGUACCACUUGUCAAGUUUUUAAGUCUCUUCAGGUAUACUCCUAAAUCAAAUUGCACUAUUACUAGGAAUACACAUACAACAUGGAUGUACAACAUGACUGUGUAUUGACAUAUUCCCUGCUUGCCAUUCUUUGAUCAGGCUGUAUUGUUUGUCAGUUUUUGAGGAAAGGGUGAAGUUUUACCGCAAUGACUUGUGCAUGAUUCUUCAGUUUUUGUCCCAUGAUGAUGUCAUAGUCAAUAUUUGUACUCAUCAAGGAAAUCAUGUGAUUAUUUCAGUAGAAACAUGCCUUGUGUCUUUAAUCCCAUACUAUUUCAUGUGCAUGUGUCUGGUCAUGAAAAUAUAUAUGUUUAGUAUGAUGUGGAAUUGAUUACCAGCUACAUAUACUAUCUAAUUCAAAUUGUUAGAAAACUUUUCUGACACAUUUUCAAACUUUGAAAUUUGAAAUCAUGCCACCAUUAAACUAUUGAAAUUAAUGUUUGUCCCAGGCUUCAUUAAUAGAGAUGUAUACUAGUCAGCAAAAAGAAUUAAUGUUUCAUUUGUCUUGGAACAGAGCCGGAGAAAGCAAAUAUGAUAGAGCUAUUCAAUUUUGGGUUUAGUAAAUAAUGCACUUCCUUAAAUUUUAAGUAAAAUCACUAGAAUUCAGAAAGGACAAAGAGUAAACAGAGAGUAAAAUCCAUUAGUUACAGUUCAUUAACUUAGCCCAGCUCUCAAACAAGUUGAACUUUACUUCCUUGUUAUGAAUUAUUAUUGUUAUUACUAUUGUUAUCAUUCAUUAAGACAUUGAAAACAUUUUUUAUAUAUCUCUUCCCUAGAAUACGUUUACCCAAGAAAAAAUUUUUUUUAAAAUCAAAAUGAAUUUUUUAAAAUGUUUUUUAAUUUUGAACAAUUUUUUAAAAUUGAAAUGAAUCUAAGUGCUUUUUUAAUGGAAAGGAAUUGUAAAUGGUGCUUUGACUGAAUAGUUUUUUUUUAAAGCAAAAGUAAUUGUAAAUAGGAUUUUAUAAUUGGCUUUGUUAUCAAUAAAAGAAUUAUUUAUUUAAAAAAAUUAUUAUUAUUAUUAUUAUUUAAUGUUAAUAGCAAUUAAUAAGAAGUUGAAUUUAAAUUAAUGUCAAGUCAUUUUUAAUUUAGACAUAUAACCAACAGCCAGAACACAACGUAUUUAAAAACCCCAUGAAUUUUAUAAGUUCAAGGUUUUAUGCGGGUUGUUCAAUUUUAUCCUAGGUGUAAAUUUUAUUUUCCUUUGUAUCUAACUCAUUAUCAUAAUGGUGGCAAUAAGAUUAUAUACUUCCACACCCCAAAAGGUUAAAAAACAUUUAGGAAAAUAAAAUUUAAACUUUAGUGUACAUUAAAAUUAAAGCACAACAUAUGCAUUAGCACAUGAUUAAAAAUAUACAAUCAAAGAUCUUGUUAGCGAUCACCUCAGAAAUUCAAAAAAGUGGUUGUAACUAGAACUGGUCGCUUAUGAGAAUGAGCUCUCCUAUAAAGCAAUCACAUGGCUAAACAACAGAGGGUGGUCGCUUACAAGAACUUCAAAAAGUCAUUAAUAAGUCAUUAAAAAAAACAAAAGAAAUUUAUUUUUAAUAAGUGUCUUUUAUAUCUGAUGUAGACUUGACUUAACUUUACGUCCAACUUAUUACACCAAAAUAAUCCCACAUCUAAAUGUUAGUGUUGAUGUAUAUGAAUGAGACUGGUUGCUUACCAGAGCUUAUGGGUAAUCCCAUAAGUGGUCACAGUUGCUUACGGGAGCAGUUGCUUACAAGAGCUUUUCAUUACAAAGUUUAAGUCACAGUUUAAAUGGUGUUUCACAAAGGUGGUCAUAACUAGAGCUGGUUGCUUACAAGUGUGGUCGCAUGGAGAGCUUCAACCGUACUUUUAUUCUUUUCUGUGGGUGAACUUGAAAGUUUUGGUUUUGUAAACACCCAUCCGUUGAAAUGAAACACAGUACACUUGCCAAAAAUGCUUGGCUUUUCCUUGAAUUUUAUUUGUUGGUUGAAGAAGAUUUCUUUUCUCUCUUUCAGCUUCAGUUGGAAAUUUCUGAAUUGAAAGAGAAAGUGCAACAUCUAGAGCAUGAAGAGCUGCAGAAGAUGGAUAAUGGUCCUAGCCAGCAGAUGAUAGAGGAGCUGCUGCAAAAGCUUUCAUCCUUGGAGAAGGACCUAGAAGUUGAGAAAGGAGAAAAGGAGAGCAUUAUUCACGAAAUAGUUAAUCUGCAGGAGGUUUUGAAGAAGAAGGAAGAGGAGAUACAAAUAUGUGAAGAAAAUCUGAAAGCCACACAAGAUGCACUUUCCAAUGAACAAGCCGACAGAGAAGCUUUGGGUGAGCAGGCUAGGCAAAAAUUGCAGGAAUAUGAAGAGAAUGAGCAUAAACUUGAUCUAAAAGUUAAAGAGCUGACUAGAGAAGUAGAAAGAUGGAAGAAGGAAGUGGAUAUGCAUGUUGAGGCUGAGUCAAGGCUUAUGGAAAACAGAAAAGAAGAGGAGCCCACACCCACACCAGCUGACAAGCAGGAGCCAAAAACAGAACAACACACUCCCUCAGGUACUUUUGCUUUAACCUUAAUCAGUGGUGAUAAAAAAUCUAGAUAAACAUUAAGGGUAUUUUCCAUUUGUUAGAAUAACCCAGCCAGACCGGUCCAGUUGUAAACAGAAUUCCACUUUUAAUCUGUAAUUUAUCCAUCCAGAUCGGUUUAUACUUGACUCUUUAAGCCCUAAGAUCAGAAUUUGAAUUCUCAUUUGUUGCCCCUAUUCAGUUCCUACAGAAGUAGUGGGGAGAAGUUGAUAAAAUAUCAAGCAAAUUUAUCUUGUGUGAUCAUGUCUGUAAUUCUCAUGACCACUCUGUUUUACAAAGCAUUGAUAUUACAAGGAGAAAUUUGAUGCUGAUCACUCUUAGGGCUUAAAGGGUUAAAUGGUACAUGCUCUUCAGUGAUGGGUUUUAGGGAAAAUUUUGAGAAAAGACUGAUAUGGUACACUUUCAAAGUGACCAGUCCAGCUGGCCUUUUCUGACUUUUGGAAAGUGCCCCAAGAUCAAUCCAGACAAGUUACAAGGUGGAAUUUUUUAGUCUGAAAACAUACAACAAAUAUAUAUCUGUCUGGAUUUAAAAAAAGGUAUCUACAAAAAUUUCAAGUGUAUUUUAACAAUUUGACCCUUCAGGUGAAUAAAAAGCAGUUGAAAGUCGCUAGUUAGGGUUUGUUCUUGGCAAAAUCGACAGAUUUGUAACAAAAUGAACAACAUUUAAAAGCACAGAAAUAAUGACCUUUCAGUCUCUCAAACUAUGGGGCUCAUAGCGAGAUGCCCGACUAAAACAGACCUAGAAACCACCUUUCUUGACCCCACAAUUGGUUGUCUAAGACAAAAUCACUUGAACUAAACACUCGCAAAGCAUUUUCAUGCUUAUGCACAAUAUUCUUAUAACACGAGCACCACGACAUACCUGAAAUCUGUCUGUCAACAACUUCAGGAAAUCACACAAUUAACCACGUUCACAGCACUGAUAAAACUAUCCUCAACCAACCAGGCACAAUUUCUCCACACUUAAUACGAGCAAGAUAUCAUCAAAUUACUCUCUCUCAAUAACUCUUGCUUUCUCCACGUAAAUCAUCACAUGUCAACUUUGUUGACUCAGUUGAUUUAUUCAAGAUCCCGGAUGUAGACGAGCUGUUUUUAAAGGGACAUAUAAAGGCCAGCCUUCAAAACAAUUUUUAACUAAGUCUCUGGCCUGGUAAGAAAUUAGCUUCAAUUUUGCUCUUGCAGAAUAGAUUUGACUCCCACAGGCCAGAGACUCGUUACCGCCCACAUCAAAGCUCGCAAUAUGAUGCGUUUCCGUCUCAAGCCCGAGAUCAGUGUUUCACCUGUUUAGCCAAAGUGACAUGAAAUAUGAUAACAUAUUGGACGACGGCAGACUUUGCCCCAAUCGUGAGACUUGUUCCUUCAUAAGGCUUAAUGAUGCCUUUCGGAAAACUUUGCCGCAGGCGGCCAAAAGGAAAUCUAGAAAAUUAACCGACCACGGAAAACAACUUCUACCGCACGUGCCCAUUUCAAACGUCAUAGUGCUUUAUGACAAGGAGAGAAUUAUGGAAAGGAUAGUUAUGGAAGAGGUGAAGAGGGGUUGGGGAAGAUGUAAACAGCAUAUUGAACACAUGUUUUUUUAUCUACUGCAGCUUGUUAGGGGAUUUUUGUUAUGAAAAUAUCAUUUUUUUAAAAAAGGAAUGGUCAUGUACUGAAUAAGCCUCAAAUGAGACUGUUGCUAAAAAUUCGUGGAGGUACCUUUUUGCAAAUCCAGACAGAUGUACAUUUUGUGUGUUGCUUAGCGUUUUGUACACAUGAUGAAGUGAAGUAAAAUUUCGUUUUUAAAGUGUCAUAUUGUGCAGUAGGUUUCUGCCUUCUUCGGGGUGGGUAAACCUGUUGAAAAUUACAUUUUAGGGACAAACUGUAUUUUGGAAAUGUGAGAAGAAGGUAGUGUUGAUAUUAGUUUUGUUUCAGUUUAUUAAAAUACAAAAGUCGACCUGAUUUUCAAAUGUUUGUUACAGCAAAAGACUUGAGGAAGUGGAAGGAUUUUCAAUCAGUUUUCAUUUGGGCAUUCACUUUGGGGUGCAAAAGUCAUUUUAGCACAAUAUUUAGCCCUAUAAAUGUCAGUACAGUGUAUGUGAAAAAAGGCUGACACAUCAUGCCGAGUCAUGAAGACCAGCUUCAAGCCUGUUUGUAUGAUCAAAUAAUAUUGUUGUUGUCUACAGGUCAAAGAUUUAUGCCAGUUCGUGGAAUACUUCCAUUUUGGCAGCGCCCUCCUCCAAUCCCCCCUCAGGGUGCACAUCAACAGCCUUGGGUGUUUGUCCAGCACCCACAGGGACCUACAAGUCCUUCUCCUGUAGCUCCCUCGCAGCCCCAACCCGUUACGGUACAGCCCCUGCAACCGAGUGCCCCCACACCGGAGCCCGAGGUACUGCAAUGCCCAGUCUGUAAGGCCCUUCUACCACCAAGUGUGGAUAGAGAUGAGCAUGUUAAUAGUCACUUUGAUUGAGCUUUCUAUUUCAUGCAGUCCACUCAAAAAUUGUUGUUUUAUAACC